AUGACCGUCGACAACAAGCCCGACCGCUCGGCCGUCGGGAAGAUGAGCAGUGAGCGCCUCCCCAUCGUCGACAUUGCGGCAUACCUCGACGACUCGGCGAGUGAUGAGGACCGGCGUAAGGCGCGCGACGCACUUGAUCGUGCGUGCCGCGAAUUUGGCUUCUUCUACGUCACCGGACACGGCCUCGAUCCAAGCUACCUCGACUCCCUCCUACAACGGGGACACGACUUCUUUGACCAGCCCCAAGACAAGAAAAACGCCAUCCACAUCUUCAACAGCCAAGAUGGCGUCCGCGGAUACCAGAAACUAGGUGAAAACGUAACCUACGCCAAGCGUGACCAACAGGAAGCACUUGAUAUUUACCCCGAGCCAACCAGUCCCACCUCGGACCAAUUGAACGGACGCCAACUCUGGCCAAGCGACGAGGACAUUCCCGGCUUCAAGGCGGCCAUGCUGGAAUAUACCGCCAAAAUGACGCGCGUGGGACACGCAUUCAUGCACGCCAUGUCGGACGCGCUGGGAUAUCCCGAGGUUUUCCAAGAAUUGCAAAAGGACAAUUAUUGGGUCCUGAGGGUCAUCGGAUACCCUCCACUACCAGAAGACUUUGAUCCGGAGAAAGGUAUCUCGUGUGGCGCGCAUACCGAUUAUGGAUGCCUGACGUUUUUGCUGGCAGACGAUACGCCGGGCGCCCUCCAGGUAGAGGAUAAGGAUGGGAACUGGAUUGCGGCCGAUGUCGUGCCCGGCGCGUUCGUGGUUAAUAUCGGCGAUAUUAUCGAUACCCUCACGAGCCACACUUAUAAGAGCACCUAUCACCGUGUUAUCCACCGGGGAACCAAAUACCGCGUCUCCAUGCCCUUCUUCUUCGAGCCACCCAAGGACUUUCUCGUCACCCCGAUCCAAAGCCUCGUUCCUCCCGGAGCAAAGCCCAUCGAACCGUUCACUUACUUUGACCACCUGAAGCGCAUGAUCUACAACCACUUUGUCGGCGCAGACCAGGCCCUCCCCGACAAGACCAACGCCAACCCCCUGACGCACCGUGGAUGA